UGUGUUUGUGUAGCAGAAUAGCUGGCCCACCGGGCCACCCCAGGCUGUUCCUGCAGGACUUUUGCCCCCUCCAUGGGGCAGGGCAGGACUGUCUCCUCUGGAAAAGCACCUCAACUCUCUGAUGUGGGGCAGGUGGUAGGACCUUCCCCUGCUGGGGAAGGUCAAGGUGCCGGGCAAGGAUGGGUUUAGAUCCUUCCAGCUCAGGAGCUCCCCGGGGGUUCCAUGCUGGACCCCAACCCAAAUGGUCCUUCCCACAGCCAGUGGCCAUUUCUGCUUCUCUUGGGAAACUGCCUGCCAGCCCUGCCCUGAUGGGGGGGCCUAGAUGGGCAGUGCAUGAGGGUGGUUGAUGAAAAGAGAGCUGAACUGGCAGCCUAUUGUGAGGGAUGGGAUGCCAGUCCCCCCAAAGGGGAAAAGCUAAUGAGAGCCAGCCCUUCUCAGGGUCACUCUGCCUCCUGACCCAGCCAAGAGAACACGCAGAUGAGGAGGGAGGACCUGAAGUUCCCUGAGUCCCAGAGCAAUUUUGGGCAGAGGGAGGGCAGGAAAAAACACGCAACUGGAAAACAGCUUCCUGCAAACAACACCAUGAACUUUCUGGUUCAGAACACAGGCCUGGCAGGGCACCCUCGGUGUGCUUGGCUCAGUGGGCAGCAUCCCAAGAGGGCCACAAAGCAAGACUCAGCCCCACCAUAGAUGUAGGAAGGGCGUCCCAAAGGCCCAUCUUUCCUCCCAAUGUUGGGGGGGCAGGAGGGCAAUUGUGAGUCCUUGUUACAACUGAGCUUCCUGUUUUCUUGCAGAUAUUUCAUUACCAAACUAGAUGCACCUUUGGGGAAGCACCAGAGCAGGUGCAAAGUGGCACUUUGGUAUCAGGACGCUCUUGUGCCCUCUGGACCAAACUUUUGCAUUGGAGGUGUCACACACACACACACACACACACACACACACACACACACUGAGGCUGCUGAGGAGAGAAGGUGCUGCUCCCAAGCUCUCUCUGCAGGGAACGUCCCCUCCUGCUGUGUUCCCAAGGGCAGCCAUCCAGGCCCCUUUUCUCCUGUCAGCGGUCCAUGCCGUCCCCUUUUGAUAGCUUCCUGGACAAGGGCGGAUUCACCUGGCUGAGCAUCCAGAGGAUAAAAGCAGCGGGCAAAGCAGAGCACCCAGAGGGGUCAAAGAGUGGCAGCAAUGAAGAUCCUGCUGGGCAGCCUUCUCCUGGCUGGUGUCUGCUGGCUUGGAGAUGCAGUGGACAUCCCCGUCAUGCCGAACUUCGAUAUCCAAAGGGUCAGAGCUGAAAAUGCUGGAAGAAAUUUCUUCUCCUCCCAACCCUAAGUUGCUGGGAAUUGGUACCCUCUGGCAUACAUAGUUAUUGAAAAGCCGUUCCCCCAAUACACAUUACAGGCCAAACCAAAAGGAGGUCUGAUGUACACCUUUAAGUCUCUCGAAAACGGCCAGUGCAAGACUAGACAGCUCCGGUUCGCUAAAUAUCAGAAGCUGGGGAAAUUCAAGACCUCAAGCCCCACCUUCGGUCAAAUCGUGGAUACGGAUUAUGAAACCUACAUGAUUAUUUACCUCACCCGGGGAUUGGACACCUUCCUGACACUUGAAGGCAGACAGCAAAACAUCACGCCAGAUUUGGAGACGAAAUUCAAGAAUGUUGCUGCCUCUGUGGGGAUCACAGGAGAAGUUGUGCCUGUUGUCUUGAAAGAAACCUGCUAAGAGCUCAAGGCGGAGAAGUACAGAUAUGGAACACAGCCAGCAAACCCCCACCCCAGUUGGGAAAGGACGAAGACCCCGUCUCUGCUAAAAAGGCCCCUGCAGACAGCUCCCAUCCUACGAGCCAGAAGGCAGAUGGCAAGCCUUGCUUGUCAAAUAAAGCAUAAAUAAAACACAACAAACAAAA